ACAAGUAUACUAACCGACCGACUGCCACAUUCGAAAGAUGUACCACGACCUCGUCAAUGUUUCGAUCAUUUAUUUUUUAUUUUAUCACAGCAUCCUCUACUUGCUUCCAAGAAGAUAAUGCAGCUUCGUCACCAAAGACAAUCUCCAGCACUUUCAGCUUCCAGCCUGUCUGUACAGCUGGCUAAAUCAACUUCGAAUACAUCAAGUCGGCAUAUUUGUCAACCAAUAAGUCCUCUACCUUCGACAUCUAUGACGACAAUGUCAGGAAGAAUAAUCAACUUGUCUUCGCCACUUUUCAUCAAUAGAAGCUUCGUAUGCUCGUCUGUACUUCUAUCCAUUAUUGCCUGGUCUGUCACGCUACUUUUGAUAUCGUCUUGUCUCGACGUUGCUGACGCUGGUUUAGUCAUGGGUCAUCCACUUGGCAAGCGGUCCUAUCUAGAUCUAGGCUGCAAGGGCGUAUAUGACAAAAGUAUCUUCGCACGACUUGAUCGCGUUUGUGAAGAUUGCUAUAAUCUCUUCCGAGAACCUCAACUUCACACUCUUUGCAGAAAGGACUGCUUCACGACAUACUACUUCAAAGGAUGUGUGGAAACAUUAUUGAUGCAAGAUGAGAUUGAACAAUUCAAAAUGGCAAUCAAACAACUCCAUGGAGCUGAUCCUGGGGUUUAGACAAGAUUGCUUCAGCACUAAAUACUUUACGAGUUGUAUUCAAGCUCUAUUACUUGAGGAUGAAAAGGAAAAGUUCCAGGAAAUGACGGAAUACCUCGGCCGCAAAAAGUAAACGAAAGAUACUUACAAAGCAUACACGCCGGUACGAGAG